AUGGAGUGGUUUGACAUGUUUCACGAUGUAGACCUACCACAAAUGCAAACAACUGCAUUUUUCUCAGACCAAAUUUCUGUGGAUUCCGGCGCCGUUGCCGGAAUCCAAGACCUGGACGAACUGUUCCUCGAUUUUCCGGUGUCUGCGACCCCUUCGGAAUCCAUGGACUUCAUGGACAUGGAACUUGAUAUGCUCAGAUCAGACGAGGCGCUCAAUCGAAUUCAGGAGUGCCUUUCACAGUCUGAUUCCGAGUUGCCGCAUCAACAGCAGUUAUUUCACGAUCAUGACUCUCUCUUGGAUGAGGUUAUCGAAUCAGCUGACUUGGAUCGUGGUCAUUCAGAGACCUCUCAGAAGUUGCAGGAAGCUGCAGUGAUGGAAAGCUCUCCUGUGUUAUGUGAGAGUAGUGUCUUGCACGAAAAUACCGAGUCGAGGAGCUGCGAAGAGGAGGAGAAGGGGAUGCUCAUGAUUCACCUUUUGGUUGCAGCUGCGGAGGCGAUAUCAAACGAGAGCCAUGACUUGGCGGAGGUGCUCCUCCAGAGGCUAAAGAAGCACGUCUCUCGCUCUGGCACUACCAUCGCGCGUGUGGCCUACUACAUGUACCAUGGCCUGCAGUGGCUCCUCAGUGGUCACAACGCGCUCUUGGACCUCAAAUCGAAUUACAGAAUCCGCGAAGACAAUUAUCUCUCUGCUUAUAGAGCUCUUAUCGAGAUCCAUCCAUGCUCGAGGCUGGCUCACUUUACCGCGAACCAGUUCAUCCUCGAGUCGGUCACCAGCAACUGUCGAAACCUUCACGUGAUAGACUUUGAUAUCAUGGAUGGUUUGCAAUGGCCGCCAUUGAUGGAAGCUCUGGUCUCCGAUGCUCGUUACUCUCAGCUCAAGAGCAUCAAGGUAACUGCGAUCAAAUGGGGUGAGACCUCUGCAACCACCGCAAGGAGACUCCAUGCGUUCGCUCGUGAUCUCGGCUUGAGUUUCUCCUUGGAAGAAAUCGAACUCGAAAAUCUGACGACAUAUCAAAACUCCCAUGAGAAAGAAUCAAUAGAUUCAGACGAGGAAGAUGGAUUAGAAGAAGAAGAAGAAGAAGAAGAAGAAGAGGGAGAUGUGGGAGAGGAGAGUGUUGUAAUAGUGAACUGUAUGUUUAGGCUUCUGCACAUGCCCGAGAGACACUCAUGGCAGCUCUCGAAGCUCAUCGAAGGGUCAAAGGAGUUGAGGCCCGAGCUCCUGGUUCUCGGCCACUGCAGCAACAACAUGCACGGACAAAUUUCGGAGGAUUUCGUGAGCAGGUUUUCGUGGUGUUUGCAGGGAGCUUCGGCGAUUUGCGACUCCCUCGAGUGGAGCCUGCCCACUCAAAAGCUUGGAAGAGAGAUGAUUGAGAGGCUAUUUCUCGGCCCGAGAUUUUGCCGAGAAGUUAUGUUCGUUGAUAGGGCGAAGUGCGUGGCGAGACUCCCCGAAACUUUCGGGUACGAGGAGGGGACAAUCAGCGAACGAAAUAUUCGGCAAGCGGACGAAAUAUUGCGGCUUCAUGCGAGAGAUGGCCACUUUUACAGACAAGGAGCCGAAAGGCCAAAUGAGCUCGUCCUCAGGUGGGGGUCCACAGGUUUGCUCUCUGUUUCGUCUUGGCACGUGCCUUAA